GCCCACGUGCUACUGAAAUGUCCGGAGGUCGCUACAUACAGGGCUAAACAUCUCGGCACGCCGGGAUCACUCCCCGAAGUUGCAUGCAACAUCAAGGGCCUGUUGAGCUUCUUCGGAGAGAUCUCAUGGCUCGAAUAAUCACAUUAUUCCUGCCCACACGCAAAAUACGCGCAUAGACGUGGAGUUGCGGAAAACAGCCCGUCGUAAACUAAACUAAACUAAACUAAACCUCUGAGCUACCACGGUUCUCGUAUUUGAUGAGAUUUUUCAUACUAAUUUAUAUUUUUAUUGAUAUCAGGGCAUCAUAGACGCAUAACACUGCUGUGAUUUGUAUGAUAAGUGAGAGAGCCGUGAUGUGUGCUGUCAUCCCUGAGUACUAAGAAGGAAUGGCUUGUAGGCUUAUUCGAUUUCAAUUCUAUAUCGAUAUUCAGUUUUAAAGUAUCGAAUUCGUAUCAAUUUCGAUAUAUUUUAAAAUUUUGUGUUAAUUGACAAAGCAACAAAAGCAGCUACAAAAGCAUUAAUAUGCGGUUUUCGUUUUUUCGUCAUCCAACCGUCAGUAAAAAAUUUUGGACCUUAUCCCAGAAAUUAUGACGAUAUAUCGAUAUUUAUCACGGAAUAUAUAUCGGUACUGUUUAAAAUAUCGAUAUAAAAUAUAUCGAUAUAUUUUUGCACUUGCCCAUCCCUAGUGGCUUGUUACUAGAAAAAAAACCUUUUGAUAUAAAUUAAAUGCCGACUUCAAAGAACUAAAAGGAAUUAUAAAAAACACGUUACGAAGACGGUGUUAAGGCAUAGUGUAAAGAAUAAAUAAAGGUCUGAUUUAUUAAAAUUAUAAAAUUAUUUUAUUGUUUUGAUUAUGCAUUGCAUUAGAAACCAAAUAGCCAGCAAAACACAUGCCCGAAUUGCUCAAAUGCCGCAUUACUAACGCUAGCAUGGAAAGUCGCACGCCUAGACAGCGUGUCUAUCGUCAACGAAUGACGCUUGACGCGAAAAUCAGAAGUCCACUUUAACUGUCCCGAGUGACUAAACUGGACAUAUCAUUAUGUAUAGCUUAGUCACUCAGGACAGUUAAAGUGGACACUAUUGUCAGGCUCAAAUCAUAAUAUUUUUGCAUACACGAUAUUUCAAAAAUUUCAAGUCCAUUAAUUGGAAGUAAAGUAGAAAUGAGUUGGGGGGUAACUCGAACUUUAGGUCUAGUCAGUUUGAAUAGCCUAUCAUGUAGAGGAUGUCAUGGAGGUCAUGGUUGAAUAGGGGCAAAAAUUUCUCAUUACACUCCUAGGGGGUCAAAAUGGCCAAAAACCAAAAAGUUUAAAUUCAUAUUUUGGCUAUAACUCCGCUUCCUUCGGAGGUUCUUACACAGUCUUUACUUCCCGCAUCUCACUUGUUAACGAUAUAUUAAGGUGAUGCAGGCGUAAGAGAAUCAUCACCUCUGGUAUGGUAUGGUAUGGUAUUACACCUCGUACAGUACACACCUCGAACGAGAUUAGGGUUGCCACCCGUACUAUAAUAUAUAGUAUCGUACUAUAUUUCAGUCAAUUGUACUAUAUAUUAUUGAAAAAUAAUAAAUACUGUAAUAUAAAAAUACAAAUAUAAUCAAUACAAUAAAUCAACUACCGCGAUUUUUUAUAUAAACUGUGACUCGAAGUCUAGCACAAGUAUGUUUUACGGAAAAAAUAUUCCGUCAUGAAUGUAAAAUGGAAAGAAGAAGGAAAUAGAGCAUGUAUUAAUUUUAUUAAAAAUGUUAGUUUUUUUUAAUAGUCAUCUAAGUUGCUCAAAUUCCUAUUGUUAUUUUAAAGAUAAUAGACCAUUGAUAUCCAAAGCGAAGAGCAAUAACAAAUAUAUAUGGAAAUAUACCUAAAAAUUAACAUGUGUACUUUUUUCCUGAAUUUUUUAAAAGUGCUAUAUUUAUUGUGCUUUUCAAUUUGCAUUGAUCAAAAAGAAAUUGGCAACCCUAUACGAGACGCAAAAUGUUGGGCUUUACUGUCGACUUCACAAGGUCACCCUACCAUUCUCAUUAAAUUCGGUAAAUUAUUUUUUUACCCCACUAAUACGCGAGGAAAACACAUUAAUAUUUAGAGUAAACACGAAAAAACAAAACUGUUGCUUUAAUUUAAGUUUAUUUUGUGAAUGCCAGAAACAUGGCGUCCGAAUGUAGGCAAAAACCAUUCCGGUUACAUCAAUUGUAAAAUACUCCAACCCUAGUAUAUAUACAACUCUAGUAUAUAUACAGUAAUCUAUGCUCCAACCGGCGGCGGGAAGCGUCAAAGAAGGUGCGAGAGAGAGAGAGAGAAAGAGUAAAAUAAAAUAAUGAUAAGCUGCGAUUGUUUAAAUCCGCCGGCAUAACGUAGAGUAUGGCAAAUCCUUUUAAAUGGAAUAGGCCCACGUCCAGCAGUGGAAUUUUACGGACUAAUGAUACGGUCUAUUUUAUAGCGUUCCUGUUGGUGUUAGAAGCAAUAGCUUUUCAUUGGCACCAAAGUCACAUGUACGUAGGCUCCCAGAUACAUAAACAGAAAUGCGUCUGCAAUUCGGUAUAAGCGAGAAGAGGAACCAGAGUGCAGUUACAACGAAUGGCGAUGUAACGACGGUCUUUGCGUCAGAAUAAACAGCGAUUGUGACGGUAUAAUCGACUGUUACGACGGCAGUGAUGAGACAUUCGAGCUUUGUAGAAAUCGUGAGUGCGACCCGUUCACCUUUCGUUGCAAUUACGGUGCCUGCAUCGACGAGUCCGCCACAUGCAACAACAAGCAGCAGUGUCCAGAUGAGUCCGAUGAGUUGCUGCCCAGGUGUCGCGGUGAAAACAUCAUAGAAGGCGAGAAAAUGAAAUGUCGAGAUGGCCAAAUGAUACCUAAAGAACAGCGUUGCGAUGGUAUAGUCAAUUGCGCCGAUGGAUUCGAUGAGACAGUGGCCGCUUGUGCCGAGCUUCGUUGCCAGUCCGAGCAGUUCCAAUGUGAAUAUGGUGGAUGCGUUGAUGGUCAGGCGCAAUGCAAUGGUACAAUUGAGUGCAUUGACGGAUCUGAUGAAAAAGUCGAAUUAUGCGGUAGACGAAUAUUGGUUAGACCAACUACAGAACCGCCUACGACUGCGGUCCCCAGGUGUGAAUUACCAAAACAACCCCUAAACGGUUCAUAUAGUGUGGUCAGCGAAACCAACACCACCCAGACAGAUUAUGUUUUAAGCUACACGUGUGAUCCGGGAUUUAAGCUUGUUGGGCAUUCAACGGUUUUAUGUAUAGAGGGCACUUGGCCUGAUAAGAUGCCUCGGUGUGUACAAACAUGUCAGUUGAUGAAGCAUCCCAGUAUAGUGUACGAGUGUACUGAAGAAGAAACGGAGAAACCCAGGCAGUGUAAUGUGGAAGAAAUCGAUGGAACAAUUGUCAAGACAUCGUGCCGUAAACCAAAUUAUUAUUCCCCGGUUGAACUGCCGUACAUGCAUUGUCAACAGGGAAUGUGGAGCUCGGGACCUGUUUGUACUGCAGAAUGCGGAACACUGCCGCCAGAGAGCACACCAUUGGUGUUGAGAGGAUCGACGGCGAAGUUUGGCGAGGUGCCUUGGCACGUAGGGAUUUACCUCAAAAAUCCUAAAUCUAAGAAACAUAUGCAAAUCUGCGGCGGGUCUUUAAUCAGUAACACAAUAGUGUUGUCAGCGGCUCAUUGCUUUUGGAAUGAAAACACUCAAAGACUCGAAGACGUGACGAACUACGCCGUGGCUGUGGGCAAACUAUACAGGAAGUGGUAUCAUCCAGAUGAUGAGCCAUUUGCACAGAAAUCUGACAUAUCAGAGAUAGUCGUGCCGAAGUUAUACCGCGGUGUGGAACUUUACUAUAAAAACGAUAUUGCUAUAGUGAUAGCAUCGAGACCAUUCGAAUACAAGCUCUACGUGGUGCCAGUUUGUUUGGAUUUCAACGAGGAGUUCAGCAACAUUCAGCUGCAUAACGGAAACCGUGGAAAGGCCGCAGGUUUCGGUCUAACGACUGGAAUGAGGGGAUCCGAGUCACCCGUAUUAAGAGUGAUCAACUUGCCCUACGAGAACUAUGAAAGCUGCCUUAAUUUAACAUCACCAGCAUUAUCGAGGUACAUCACAUACGACGACAAGAUCUGCGCUGGGUCUUUAGAUGGUGAGGCUCUGUGUAGAGGAGACAGCGGCGGUGGCCUUGCCUUCCCCUCCUCAAUUUCUGGACAAAGGAGGUUCUACUUACGCGGCAUCGCCUCCACGAGCCCGCCAACCAAUGAUCAAACUGUGUGCAAUACUCAUGCUUUGACUAGUUUCACUUCGGUUAUUAAAUUCGAGAAAUUCAUAAAGGCCUAUUGGUAUCCAUGAAUAUUGUAACUUAGGAAUUUAAAAAAACCAAUUUUUUUAUUAGAAUAAAAUAAAGAAGACAUCUUUUG